UUUACGUUUUUAUGCUCGAACAGCGAAAGUAAAUACAUUGAUUAAGUGCACUGUUUGCUUUCAAUUGACAAUUUACCAUGUUUAUUAUUGGUAUUCAGCAAUGCACAUGCCUUGGGUACCAUUUACCAUAUGGAGUAACAUAUAUCUUAGCUGUACAUUAUACACAGGGUACGAGAUCAAAUUAUUGUUUGGUAGUGUUCUAUAUAUAUUUUUAAAGAUGCAGUAAUGGAAACAUGAACAAAUUAGGUAACUCCAGCCUCAUACUCAUCAUUGGGUUAACCGUUAUAGUUUGUGCUGAUGGCUGCCUUGACGUCAUUUGUAGUUUUGAUGAUUUAACAAACACUUCAGACUGUUCGUCGAAGGAGCUCACAUGCUUUCCAGAGUUUGAAAAUAGAACAAGAAUCUUUGUCUUCGAUAAUAAUCUUCUUCAUAGAAUUCCUGACAAUGCAUUUGUAAAUGCAACAAAAAUACGUGUUUCGAGUAUGCAACAUAAUCAUAUUGAUCAUCUUGAGAAAAAUGCUUUCGCUCACGCUAAUCAGCUUGUUGAAAUAAACUUGAAUGGAAAUUAUAUUAGCGAUGUAAGCAGCUCAGCAUUUGAAGGACUGACCAAGUUGCAUUUACUGAUUUUAUCCAAUAAUCAUCUGAGUUAUCUUCCUGCUCUAAACGAGCUGGUUUCUCUUGAAACGUUGCUGCUUGAUAACAAUAUCUUCUUACUCACACCUGAAUUGCAUUUACCCCGGCUGACGACAUUGUCCCUCCGUCGCAACAAUAUAGGCCAUGUGAUAGCUGAAAGUUUUGAAGGAGUUCCCUUAUUGGCCAAUCUGGAUAUGAGAGAAAACCAAAUAAGUGCCUUCAUUGUCGAAGACGCUUCCAUUAGUUUUCAAAAGAUAAGAAAAAUUGAUGUCAGCCAUAACAAAUUGACAAAUUUUCGUUUUGUCACAAAGAGCACUAUGGAAAUUUUGGAAUUGUCGUAUAAUCGACUUGCUGGGAUAGAUUUUAUGGCAGGAGCAGUUAGAUCAAUUAUACUAGAAAGUAACCUUAUACAUGAUCUUCACGACGUCAGUGUAACAACAGAAGACAACAAUGUUGAUAGUAGUAUUGGUCAAACUGAAAUCCUAAUGGAGAACAACCAGAUUGAGUUCAUCACACCAUCUUCAUUUCAGAACAUUGCAGCGCCAAUAGAUGUACUUUCUAUUAGUCGUAAUCGUAUUUACUUCAUAUCACCAAACAGCUUCGUUACAUUAACACACAUUGAAAGAAUUUAUCUGAAUGGUAACAAUCUCCAGGAGGUCAAAUAUGGAACAUUCGUGAUGUUACACCAUUUGAAGGUCAUUGACAUUAGCGAUAAUUUUAUACAGAGUCUUGAAAUCGGUGCGUUUGCGUUUCUUCCAGAUCUUACCAAGGUUUUUAUCGGGGGAAAUCAUGCCCCGCAGUGGCUAAGAAAUUUUUCUAUGACGUUUAAUCAUUCUAAUAUUCUUAAUAUAGUCGAUAUUUCAGGAAACAAUAUAUAUGAUAUUCCUUCUGAUUUUUUUGAAGUUAUAGGAAAAAGUUUGACUCAUCUUGUAUUAAGUGACAAUCAGUUAGAUGAUCUGAAGACUUCAUACUUUUUGAAUGCAGGUAUCAUUGAGGUUGUAGACGUAAGAGGGAAUAAUAUCGAAACAAUCGACGACGACUUUUUCCAAAAACAAAUAUAUCUUGAGGAGAUCAACUUGAAUGGCAACCCAUUACUUUGUGAUUGUCGCUUAAAGCCAUACCACACAUGGUUACAACAGAAGAGUAUGGAAGACCUAGCUAUUUGCGAAGGACCACCUAACAUCACAGGGAUCAAAGUAAUUGAUCUGUCUGAUUCCCAACUAGUAUGUUCUUUGCCAAGUAUACAAUUAAACAAAACAAUUGUUUUCAGAGCCGAGGGUUUAGAUGUUGUUUUGGAUUGUAUUGCAUUUGGAAUUCCGCAGCCUGUUGUUUCUUGGGUAUUACCGAAUAAAACUGAGCUCACAGCAACCACAACGCUAAAAUACCAGUUACAGUCGAACAACUCUUUGCUUAUUUCCGACAUCGUUUUGGCUGAUCAAGGUCGUUAUUCGUGCGUUGCUUCUAACAUUGUUGGAACUGUCAAGGACACCAUUCAACUAUAUGUCACACAUCCCAUUAAAACAGUAGAGGAACUUGGCAGGAUGGCAGGAUUAGCGAUCGGUAUUGCUGUACUUGUGCAGACAUUCUUUGCAUGUUUGUUUAUUUACUAUUGGACAAACCGGAAGGUAGAACCUAGAAAAACUAACAAUAAGCUACUGGCAAAAGCUUAUCCGAUAGAACGUAUUCAUCUUCGCAGUCGAAAAUCAACUCUUACAGUAGAUGCUACGGCAGACAAUGGGGAGAUCCGCGAUACAAAUGAAAAUGAUGACUUAUCCACGCAGCAGUAUGAAGAAAUUCCAAGCGAAUUGUUGACUGACAUUUCAACUUUUGAAAACGUCGAUGAGUCUGUUGCAACUAACAUUUCAGAAGUCAGUUUGAAGCCUAGUUACAAUGACCCACAGGAACAAAUUUUUACGAAUCCUGCAUUCUCUCAAGCUGACGACGAAACUAAUAGUGAAAUCAAUUUGGAACGAAAUGAGAUUCCGAUUAAAUCCUCCAAACCAGAUAAUAAAAGUAAGCUCGCCCCAAAGGAUGAAGGUAGUUUAGGGUCGCCUGCCUACGAGAAGUAUUUUAAAGAGAAGGGAGAGAGAAGGGGUGUGUCUUCAAAUCCUAAUCACAAAUCACACAAACGUUCAAACCAGAAGAAAGAUAAAGACAUCAACAGCGAAAGCGUUGGCGCCAUGUUCAACUCUUAUUUCCAAGAAGAAAUGUUUGAAACAUAUUGCUAAUCAGGUGAAACAUAGGAUUUUUUUUUUAUCUUCUUUUUCGCAUGACACACUUUUUUUGCAAAAUAGGCCACUUCUGUAUUAGAAAUUAACAUUAAUAUUGUUGUAAUGUAUGGCAUCCCUAUAGGAAGGAGAACAUAAACAAAAUUGAAUUGAUUCAGCGUCGCGCUACCAGAUUCAUCUUGCAUCAACAAAGACAGGAGGAUACAUAUAGCAACCGCCUUGAGUCUUGAACUCUGUACAACCGAAGCUAAUAGGAAAUAUUUUACCGUACUGUUUGUUUGUAGACUUCUUUAUAACUGUUUACAUGAUUCUGUUGUUCUCGAUAACAUCGAAAUCAGUAGUUAUCGUGUCAAUAAACUCUUUUUUAUCCAUUUGCGGGCUAAUACAGAUUCUGCUAAGUACUGCAUUCCUGGCCGUUUCAUGAGAAUUUGGAAUAAUUUACCUAUUGA